AUGCCUUCAGAGACACCCCAAGCAGAAGGAGACUCUGCAGGGUGUCCCCACAUCGUAGGGGUGCACUCAGGGAAAGGAAGCCUGGAGAGGGGGCCUUCAGUAGACAAGGAGCGCCUGUGGAUCCGGCCUGAUGUCCCAAGCAGGUGCACCUGGCAGCUGGGCAGGCCUAUUGCCGACUCUCCACAUCACCACACCACCCUGACGAAAUUGCCAAAAGUCUUGCCAGAUAUUCUGAGGAAAAUCGGGAACACCCCCAUGGUCAGAAUCAACAAGAUCGGGAGGAAUGCCGGCCUGAAGUGUGAGCUCUUGGCCAAGUGUGAGUUCUUCAAUGCGGGUGGGAGCGUGAAGGACCGUAUCAGCCUGCGGAUGGUGGAGGAUGCCGAGCGAGAUGGGAUCCUGAAACCUGGGGACACCAUCAUCGAGCCGACCUCUGGGAACACAGGGAUCGGGCUGGCCCUGGCCGCAGCUGUGAAGGGCUAUCGCUGCAUCAUCGUCAUGCCUGAGAAGAUGAGCAUGGAGAAGGUGGACGUCCUGCGGGCUUUGGGCGCGGAGAUCGUGAGGACGCCCACCAAUGCCAGGUUUGACUCCCCCGAGUCCCACGUGGGGGUGGCAUGGCGACUGAAGAAUGAAAUCCCCAAUUCUCACAUAUUAGACCAGUACCGCAACGCCAGCAAUCCUCUGGCUCACUAUGACACCACCGCCGAGGAGAUCCUGCAGCAGUGUGAUGGGAAGCUGGACAUGCUGGUGGCUUCGGCUGGCACAGGUGGUACCAUCACGGGCAUCGCCAGGAAGCUGAAGGAGAAGUGUCCUGGGUGCAAGAUCAUUGGGGUGGAUCCUGAAGGGUCCAUCCUCGCAGAGCCGGAGGAGCUGAACCAGACAGAGCAGACGGCCUACGAGGUGGAGGGAAUUGGCUAUGACUUCAUUCCCACGGUGCUGGACAGGAAGGUAGUGGACAAGUGGUUCAAGAGCAACGAUGAGGAAUCCUUCGCCUUUGCCCGAUUGUUGAUCUCACAGGAAGGACUGCUGUGCGGUGGCAGCUCCGGCAGCGCCAUGGCCGUGGCUGUGAAGGCCGCUCAGGAGCUGCAGGAGGGUCAGCGCUGUGUGGUCAUCCUGCCUGACUCCGUGAGGAAUUACAUGUCUAAGUUUCUGAGUGACAAGUGGAUGUUGCAGAAGGGCUUCAUGAAAGAGGAGGACCUCUCUGUGAACAGACCCUGGUGGUGGCACCUGCGUGUUCAGGAGCUGAGCUUGUCAGCCCCGCUGACUGUGCUGCCCACGGUCACCUGUGAACACACCAUCGCCAUCCUCCGCGAGAAGGGAUUUGACCAGGCACCCGUGGUCAACGAGUCAGGGGCCAUCCUAGGGAUGGUGACUCUUGGAAACAUGCUGUCGUCCCUGCUGGCUGGGAAGGUGCAGCCAUCCGACCAAGUCCACAAAGUCCUCUACAAGCAGUUCAAACCGAUCCGCCUGACGGACACGCUGGGCACACUCUCGCACAUCCUGGAGAUAGACCACUUUGCUCUGGUGGUCCACGAGCAGAUCCAGUCACGGGACCAGGCCUGGUCAGGAGUGGUGGGGGGGCCUGCAGACCACAGCAAUGGCCAGGCCAGCGAGCGGCAGAUGGUGUUUGGGGUUGUCACUGCCAUUGACCUGCUGAACUUUGUGGCAGCCCGCGAGCAGGACCAGAAGUAA